CGAUCGCGCUGUGAAUUCAGCUUCCUUCAACCCUUUGUCUGCAUAUCCUUCUCUUCCUUUACCGCUGCCUCUGUAAUUUUACUUAAAACUCGGCGCAUUUGUGUUCUUUUCUCUUCUUUCCCCUUGCGCAUUGAUGACUCUCGUGCAUCCCUCCAGAAAAGCUUCUUCCGGCGUGGCACGAAGAUGACGGACAAACUCCCUCCCAAUCUCCUUGCUUUGUUCCAACCCCGACCUCCCCUCCGCUACAUUCCUCCUCAAGACACCGCUCCGGACGAGAAAGCUCUCAAGCAAUCGCAGCUAUCUGGUGUGGCCGCGUAUCUUCCGCAGCUAGAGGAGUACAAGACAACCGACGAGUAUGAAGCCACCGAGUCAUGGCUGCAACAGCGCGAUCGCAAGAGACUCGAGAAGAAGCUACUUCAGCAAGAGAUUGAGAAGCCUGAUUUUCAGGGCUACAGACCAAACGAAGAUCCCAAGAUCAAGGGCGAUGCUGUCAAAACGCUGUUUGUCGGCCGUCUGAGCUAUGAUGCGAAAGAAGCGGACCUGGAGCGUGAGUUCGGCAGGUUCGGUCCGAUCGAGAGAAUCAGAAUCGUCAAGGAUGAGACCACGCCGAAAGCCAAAAAGCCUCAUAGGGGUUACGCUUUCAUUGUCUACGAAAGAGAAAAGGAUAUGCGAGCUGCCUACAAAGAGACAGACGGCCUACGCAUAAAAGACCGAAGAGUUGUUGUCGAUGUUGAGCGUGGCCGCAUGGUCCCAGGUUGGAGACCAAGAAGAUUUGGCGGAGGCCUCGGUGGACGAGGAUAUACCAAGCAAGUUCCUGCAAAGCCCACAUUCGGACCCCCCGGUGGGUAUGGUGGUGGUGGUGGAUUCAGAGGUGGCUUUGGCAGUCGUGGUGGUGGCUUCCGUGGCGGGUUUCGCGGCGAUCGAGGAGGCUUUGGUGGGCGAGGUGGCAUUGGCUACCAAGGAGGAGGCGGCUUCGGCGGACGACAAGGCUACCAGAAUGGACCUCCUCCCCCCAAUGCGCCUAGCGGACCUGGUGGGAGAGGCGGCUAUGGUGGAGGCUAUGACGACCGGCGAAAUGGAUACGGUGGAGGCAGGGACCAACGCGGCGCAACUGGCAGCAACACCGAUCCCCUCGGAGGACGAGAUCGUGGAUAUGACAAUCGAGACCGCGACCGUGACCGAGAUCGUGACCGAGACCGAGACCGCGAUCGAGACCGUGACCGAUACGGAAGCAGCAGGCGUGAAGACGACUAUGGCUCGAGAAAACGAUACCACGAGAAUGACGGGUACGACGAUCCCAGACAGCGCAGAAGGUAUUGAGCCUCCUCGUCCCGUGAUUUGUAUUGUGUGCAACCUUUCUAUCACCUUUAUGGCUGGUCGCGGGUGGGUAUCUUCAUGCUCAACGUCUUCAAACAAACUGUGGAGUUUCAGUCAGCCUCUUGUCCCUUUGCAUUCGCGCCACCGUGGUAAGGAGACACUUGUUACUCGGGUCUUGCGCAUUUCGGCCUCGGUCAAAUGAGAAAAACGCAAAAGUGACACUCCCUCUCUCGAGAUGGUCGAUAAUCAGCAGUCUGUCAGCCACCGUUGGCUCGAACAGUGGCCGACUGGGUGGUAAGAUCCUAUGAGGGCCCCGGAAAUGUUGGAUCCGAAAUCUGGGGAAUCCCAGAGCGAUCAACGAGGCGUAAUGCAGUUCGAAUCCUUAAUGAAGGCGGAUGUCCUCCGUCUGGAACUUGUUUUAUCAUCAGCAUUCCUCCUGGCAGCGGUCAGGUCGGGUAAGGGAGACAUUGUUGUAACAUAAUUCUUAUGAGACAUAUAGCAGCAAUGACGCUUGAAGUUGAUUGAGGUCAGCUUCUACCAGUUGUUGGGAGAGCCCAGGUUUCAGAAGACUUGUCCCACCGCAAUGAAGAGAUGGAUGGCCCCUGAGGCAGUCAGUCGACAUAGGCACCGCUUGGAAGCGGGGGCUGAUCGCAGCACAGUCGUAUGACAGCCAUGGCGCCUAGGAACUAUUGAUGGCAAGCACUCUGCCCCGAGGUCGUAUAUGCUGUGGUAAUGGAAUGGCACGACAUGAAGGGGGCAGAUGUCACUUCACGUCGCCCUCCCACAACUGGCACAUCCCAUUGCUAAACGCCUUCGACGCCAGCUCCACGCCCUCCGACUGGCCCACAGACGCUUUCCCUCUAAGUUCCUAGUUAAUCA